AUGCAGAGCUGUCGUAUCGUCUAUAUCCUGGGGUAUCCAAUUCCGGUUUUCAACGGUUGGAACAAAUCCGGGGAGUUCGAUGCCUCUGUUACCCAUCUCGCCAAAGUGCGCAAUGUAAUGCGCUAUCUUGAUAGUUUGAACUCUGCCUCCGAGGAUGAUUUGGUUCUUAUGAUCGAUGGCUAUGAUGUGGUCUUCCAGCUCCCCGCCGAUGUUCUCAUCCAGCGAUACUUCGCUGUCAUCGGAGCAGCAAACGCCAAAAUCGCUGCGCAUUUCGGCGCAGACUCAGUGGAUGAGCUCGUUGGAGAUAACAGUCCGAGACAAACCAUUCUCUUUGGCCCAGAGAAGAUUUGCUAUCCGCUUGAUUGGAACCGGCCAGGAUGUUGGGCCAUACCCGAGGAUAUCGACAUCCCCGUCGGUGCAUUUGGGCCAGAUGACGGGCAACUGAGCCACAAUCUCCCCCGAUGGCUGAAUUCCGGCACGAUAUUGGGCCCGGUAGGAGACAUGAAAGAAUUGUUUGCUGCAACUUUGGAAAAGAUCAAAGCCACAUAUGACCCAAUCCACGAAUUCAGCGACUCUGACCAAAGAUACAUGAGUGAUGUAUGGGGUGAACAGGAAUUUUGGCGUUCCGUCAACCGACAUAAUCAAUAUUUCCACGAUGAUGUGAAUCCGAAAGACAUCGCACCGAAGGGAGACCCAGAUCAGAUUAUCCCGACUAGGGAGGCUGGGCAGAAAACGGAGUUCCACAUCGGCAUCGACUACAAGUCCGGAUUAUUCCAAACUCGCGUGGGCUCCGAUCACGUCCUUGAGCAUCUAAGCUUCCCAAAUUCAGUUCCAGAUGGGAUUGGUCUUUGGGCCUCGGUGUCCGAAAACCCAAUCGAAUCCCCAAAUCCCCAACCCUAUGAGAUCUAUCUCCCUACCAACGUGGUCUCCUCUCUAAGUCGGCUCUUGAAACCAAUCAGCCAUACUCUCGAGGCCGACCAACAUAGCAUCGUCUCUAGCUUACGUCUGGGAACAAACCUCGUGACCAAGAACAUUUACGGAUUAUUCCACUGCAUCGGUGAAAAGACCUAUCUCGACGACUUGUGGUACCGACUGUGGUUCCAAAAACAUGCGAAGGCCCUUCUGGAAGCCAGACUAGAGUCUUCCAAGGAAGACAACAAAAUUUCCGACAUUUUGAUUGAUGGGCGGAAAUGGGUUGUUGCUCAUGGCUUUCCCACGGCAUCUAAUUCGAGCGUGCACUCCGUCGGUGCAUGGGUGGAUAUGGAUGGGCAGUGGCUCACUUGGGAAGAGCUGUGCGAACCAUAUGAAGGUAAUUUAUUUGGUGACAAAUUGGAGUAG